AUUUCUCCUUAUUAUACUAUGUAGUAUAUACUUAUACAGUCCUUUAUGUGGAGAAGAUAACUGCUUUACAACAGUCAUCAGAAAAGACACGUCACCCAAUGGAAAAAUCAAAAUGGUUCUCUGUUCUUGACAUGAAAGCUAUUGGAUUUGCACGGGGUGCUGUAACUGUAGAUGCUUCCCCAAUUCCACAAACAACAGAAGCAGACUCUACUGUUUCUGAAAAUUUACCUAAUGGAGGUAAUGCUGGAUAUGCUCCAGUUAUGAAUGGGCAGAAUCAACCGCCCACCAAUGAUAGAGAAGUAAAGGGAAAGAAGAAAAGCCAUUUUCAAGGAAGAGGAAAGGGGUUUGUUGCUAUGCCCAAGGGUAGAGGGUCUGCAGCACCUGGCUGGACCGGAGCAGGGUUUGAUGUGGAUGCUAGAACUUAGAAGCAUCAUUUCAGAUCUUCUCUUUUGUUUGCUGAAGGUUCAGGGCAAAUUAUCAGUGUUUGCUUAUGUUAUGGGUAUCGGAAGUCUUUCUGCCCUUUUUUUUUCUUGAUUUUUACUCUUUAUUGUAUUCUUUCAAUUGCAUGUACCUUGUUUAUAUGAAUGAUGCCAUUUGGCUUUUCUUUCUUAUUCAUUUCCAGGACUGAUAUAUGUCACUAGUGUCAUCUUCAAGCAGGAAAUCAUUUAGAAACUCUCUUUAAAAAAUUAAUAAAAAUGGAAAUCCUCUCUUUGGUAUCAAAAGCUGAAAUCUGAAUUUUAGUGGAAAAGUAUUUCUCUAAUCGAUUGAAUAUAUGUAAAAUAGAUGAAGGGCUUGGGUUUUGAAAGUUUUGCCACUGAGUUUAGGUAAAUCUUCUGGAUGAUAGAAUGCCAUAGAUCUGUUUUGGUUUGGGUUGAAAAGGAGGGGAGGCUGUGUUCAAGAGUUGCAGCUGAAACCUCUUGUGCUGAAUCUUGAUCAAACUCUCUACCAUGAGAUAAACUACUGUUGUGAUUUUGGGUGAAUGUGGAAUUCUUGGCUUUUGUGCCGAAUUAAUUAGGACUAAUCAAGGUGAGCAGAGAUUUCAUAUACUCUUUGCUGCUGAGAAUACAAGAAAGAAGGGGAUAAUUCGUGUGUGCAUUUUUUCAGAUUAAUUAUUGUUUGAAGACUGACAUUUAAUUCUUAAUCUUCUGUGCAAUCAUAUGAUCUAACAAUGUGACACUUAUAUUGUUGUGUGCUAAGACUCCCUUUUGCCUUUCCUUGUUCUUACCUCUAUACAUUCAACACCAUGCUCUUAACAGUCUAAUAAUUCAUUUAUGUAUGGCUCUAAUUAUGUAUUUGGGCGUCAUGUAGUUUGAAAUCACUCAGCUCUUUUGAAAAUAGUAGUCAAUAAAAUGCUUGGAAAUGUACACUUAAGUCUCUAGUUGUGUUAGAGGUGAGAUUGGCUUCCACUAGAUUAUAUGCUGAACUCUGUUGGCGUGAGGUGGUUCUACUGGUUCAUGUUCACUGUACUGAAUCAUUGUGUCUGUAGCUGCUUUAGAUGAUUGCAAUUACAUAUGUUUGUGCCACAUCAGACUUGAUUGACACAUUCAUCUUUUUCAUGUUGUCAUGGUAAACUAGUUUGCAUCUUAUUUCUCCACUGCUUGUGGCAAUUUUCCACGACUGGGAAUUGUAGAACAACAACUGUUUAAAAUUCAAGUUUCGAAUGCUCUAGUUCAUCUAAUCAUGUUGUUGGCCGAGUGAAUGUAUGAAAGCGUGCUAACGAUGAUAACAAGAAACUGUGGUAUGCAUAAGAAAUUUUUACCGGGAAAAUAUCUUUCCUUUAAAUCUCGCUGGUGAUCUUUAUAAGAAUUGAUUUCUGUUAAAUGCAUUAGGUUUAAUUUAUGUGGCCGGGAAGAGUAAAUGCACGUGCCUGCUUCUUCACUGUAAGCUCUGGAAGAUCAUUUUCACUUGGAUGGCAUGCAGGUAUCGUGGUUUGUGAACAUUAACUGAGAUGUUGGAUAGCUUUA